CGUUUACUUCUGAUGGCCAUAAUGCCCCAAUCUCUUCUACUCAGUAAACAAAUUGUGAUUCAAUUGGAAGAUUGUCUUCGGAAAGAUCUUCUAUUUAUUAGAGCAAUACAAUACUGAUAGCACAGGUAUCAGUUGGUCUCAGCAGAUAUUUCGAGCACGUCAAUUAGUGUCUAGAUUAUACUCAUGCUUCGGGUAUAAUUUGCUGAGUAGUCUUCUCGUAAAAGUAUGGAGCUAGUGGACAAAGUAGUGAAAACGAUCAUAAUAUAUGCGUUGAUUGCUCUCCAAGUUGAACACAGCAAUCAAGCUCUUCCGUUGGUGAUCAAUACUUGGAACUUUUCGAAUGCCACUCUGAGGGCGUAUCAAUCGCUCAUAGCGGGAGAGUUCAGUGCAGUCGAUGCCCUUGUCGAAGGAUGCAGUGUGUGUGAACGUGAGCAAUGCGAUGGAACGGUUGGCUACGGCGGGAGCCCAGACGAAAACGGCGAAUCCACGCUGGACGCCUUGAUCAUGGAUGGAACUACUAUGAACGUUGGGGCCGUUGCCGCGCUCCGAGAGAUCAAACAUGCCAUUUCUGUUGCUAGGCAUGUACUUGAGAAUACCAAGCAUACCCUAUUGGUUGGUAGUCAGGCGACUGAUUUUGCAGUGAUGAUGGGAUACCAGCGAGAAACCUUGCAAACCGAGCAUUCCAAAGAGCUGUGGGAACAGUGGAAAACCAAUAACUGUCAACCGAACUUUUGGACGAACGUCAUUCCUUCUCCCUCAAUGUCGUGUGGUCCAUACGAGCCGAUUUCCAGAAAUUCUAUCAAUACGAAUUGGCUGCCUCUAUUUGACAACAAUGUGCAGAUGUCAGAAUCCGUUGAACCUGAAUUCGGACGUUAUAAUCACGAUACUAUUGGUAUGAUUGUUAUCAAUUCGGAAGGUAACGUGGUGGCUGGAACAUCAACCAAUGGAGCUCGUAACAAAAUCCCCGGAAGAGUAGGUGACUCACCAAUCGCUGGUUCAGGAGCGUAUGCUGAUUCAACAGUAGGUGCAGCGGCAGCCACUGGCGAUGGAGACAUUAUGAUGCGAUUUAUGCCUUCAUUGCUGGCGGUGGAAGGUUUGCGGCAAGGUUUAAGUCCAAUGCUGGCCGGGGAAGCGGCUUUGGCUCGUAUAGCCAAAUACUAUCCUGAUUUUAUUGGUGGCAUUGUGGUUGCCACCAAAGAUGGAGAAUAUGGUGCAGCUUGCCAUGGAUUAACACAGUUUCCGUAUUCAGUGGCCGAGGGCGUGGAACCUGAUACACAGGUUACUAUUAAAACGGUUAAUUGCCGGAAGAAGAGAAACUAAUGAGUUUAUUAAGUUCGCUUCAAAUGGGUAAGGAUAAAAUAUAUUCAAAGGUUGUCAAUAAACACUAUUCUUCUCUA